AUGUGUCGCAUAUUUGACGUCGGCGACCAUGCAACACCAGCUCUCCAGUCCUGUGCCUCUCCCAGCAAGUCGACAGAGUCAGUUUGUAAUGGUCCAUGUAGAGAACAGGGUAAGGAGGAGGACCACCAGCAGAGGAAGAAGGACCACCACCACCACCAGCAAAAGAAGAAGGACCACCACCAGCAGCAGCAGCAGAGGAAGAAGAAGGACCACCACCACCAACAACAGCAGCAGCAGCAGAGGAAGAAGAAGGACCACCACCACCAGCAGCAGAGGAAGAAGAAGAACCACCACCACCACCACCACCUCCAGCAGAGGAAGAAGAAGGACCACCACCACCAUCAGGAAGCAGGGGAAGAAGACCAGCAGCAGCAGCAGAGGAAGAGGAAGAAGAACCACCACCACCAGCAGCAGAGGAAGAAGAAGGACCACCACCACCACCACCACCACCAGCAGAGGAAGAAGAAGGACCACCACCACCACCAGCAGCAGCAGAGGAAGAAGAAGGACCACCACCACCACCACCAGCAGAGGAAGAAGAAGGACCACCACCACCACCACCAGCAGAGAAAGAAGAAGGACCACCACCAACAGAGGAAGAAGAAGCACCACCACCAGCAGAGGAAGAAGAAGGACCACCACCACCACCACCAGCAGCAGAGGAAGAAGAAGGACCACCACCACCACCAGCAGCAGAGGAAGAAGAAGGACCACCACCACCGGCAGCAGCAGCAGAGGAAGAAGAAGGACCACCACCACCACCAAAAGCAGCAGCAGCAGCAGCAGCAGAGGAAGAAGAAGGACCACCACCACCAGCAGCAGCAGAGGAAGAAGAAGGACCAUCUCCACCACCAGCAGCAGCAGAGGAAGAAGAAGGACCACCACCACCACCAGCAGCAGAGGAAGAAGAAGGACCACCUCCACCACCACCAGCAGCAGCAGAGGAAGAAGAAGGACCACCACCACCAGCAGCAGCAGAGGAAGAAGAAGGACCACCACCACCACCAGCAGCAGAGGAAGAAGGACCACCACCACCACCACCAGCAGUAGCAGAGGAAGAAGAAGGACCACCACCACCACCACCACCUCUGCUGGUCCUUCAUCUGCUGCAGCUGCUGCUGCUGCUGCUGCUGCUUGUGGUGGUGGUGGUGGAUAGAAUAGGAUAGGAUAUGGUUAGUUAGGUGGUCCAUGAAGUUGUCAGAGGAAGAAGAAGAAGCACCACCACCACCACCAAGUGAAGAAGAAGACCAGAGGAAGACACUUUCUAUUAAUGAAUAGAUUUGGCAUGAUUCCGGGCUCAAAUACCUUUUA